AUGUCUUCGAGUACAAGUCCACCACAGUGCCCUGAUGAGGGAAUUCAAACACAAUACAGGACACGUACGGGCGUGUCUGCAACGACGACUGUUCAUGAGACGGGAACGUCACCAAAGAUAUCUUCUUCCGCAACUCCUAAUCCCGCUUCUUCUUCGGUGGUGGAGGAGGUCGCCCGCCUCUACCAAGCACUCGCCGAGUUUUACGCAACUCUCAAGACGCUAUUCAACAUACAUGGCUACCACCACUGGCAGCUUAGUGGGGAUUACUUGUCCGCUGAAGAUGCGGUCCUCGACGGUUAUACCAGGGCCGAAGGAUGCUUGUUAUCUGCAAUAAAAUAUCUAUCGAUUGCAGAAACCAGAUUUGUCCGCGGCGAACAGCGCAUGCGCAAGAAGCAGCCGGAGACACUUCAACUUUCCCGAAAAAACCGCGAACAAGCCAGAUUUCGCCUAUUCGGAGUCAUGGAGACCCUGACAGCUCCUCGCCUCGUGGACCUCUACAACCAGAGAGAAACAUUGUUCCCGAGGGCGGAGGCUGAAGCAGAUGAAGCUACCCUGACCCGAGGGGUUACCUUGAUCAAACUGAAUCCAGAAGACGAUAUGUGCCCGAUCUGCUAUGAAGGCCUUGGUACAAAACCAAUGGUUGAGAAGGAGAAGAAGGGUCUGGGUCAAAGAGGCCCAUCGGCGGUCAUCACGGCGUGCUGCAAACAAAUAUUCCACAUCGCCUGCUUGAGGCAGUGGCUGGAUCAGGGCGGCAGCUGCCCCAUGUGCCGAGGACUUUUCGCGAAGGAGUUCAAAUUCCACUUAUUCGAGAUAGGCAUCGCCCAGCUGGCAAUACUCUAA